UGAGGGCAGAGCAGGGCCGGGCAUGGCGGAGCCGGCGAUGGCGCUGGGCGCGUGCAUGGAGGCGCUGGGCGCCGCGGCGGCGCAGCCCGAGCGCUUCCUCAGUGUGCAGGAGGGACUUGCCAGUGACUUCACCUUGCUAACAAAAACACUGUAUGAUUUCCAUAAAGCUCUUGGGGCUGAUGUUCUUUCUGGGAGCCCUUUGAAGGAGCUGGUGAUAGAUAACGUCGAUGAAGAACACAUCUGGCAACAGCUGGAGCUCCAGAAUAAUGCAGUUCUGGGCUACUUCAAGAAAGCGGUUGCUAGAAAUGUGAAGGAGGAGCAAGAGCUCUUUCUGCUCCCCGAGUUGGAGGAGGAUGGGUCUGUCACAGGUGACAGUGAGAAGCAGACUGAUAGUGAGGAGGAGUUGGAAGGGAAUGAGGACCAAUCAGCAGAAGUGUUGGAUCACAAAAGCGACCACCUUGAAGAGGAAUGUGAACUUGGAAAGAGGAGAACUCAGCGCAGAACAACGGAAGGCACUGAAGAAGCGUUUAGUGAUGAGGAUUCCGAUAUGGACUUUGACAUUGAUAAAUUUGAGCAGCAAAGCCAAAUAGCAAAGAGUACCAUGAAGAAAAGAGGAGAGCCAUCUAUUCUGGAUGACAGAUUUUUCAAACUAUCUGAGAUGGAAGCUGUUUUGGAUGCAGCAGAAAAAAUGGAAAACAAAGAAAGGGAUGAAGAUGAUGGAAUAGAUUAUUUUGACGAUGUUCUUUCUGAGGAUGAGGAUGAGGAAGAGGAGUUUGGAGAAGCCAAUAUGAAGCUAAGUAAAAGUGCUCGUGAUCUUAAGUAUCAAGAUUACUUUGAUCCUGUGGAUGAUCCAGAAGAUUUCGUAAGUGAGCACAAAGAUGAAAGGAGUGAAGGAGCAGACAGUGGCACUGAAUAUAGCAGUGGAGCUGCCGAUGAAACCGAGGAAAUGGAUGGAAUUGAGCAGGCUCAGAUGGAGAAGAAUAAAGAACUUUCCAAGAGAGUGACAUUUGCUUUGCCAUAUGAUAGCGACAUGGAAGAAGACACAGACACCUUCCAGGGAAAGGCAGACAGCGCCCCUGAAACGAAAUCAUCAUUUGAAAAAAGACAGGAAAAGAUGGGAGCAAAAAUUAAGUCCUUGGAAGAGGAGCUGCUGAUGGAGAAACCGUGGCAGCUGAAAGGCGAAGUGACAGGACAGAAGAGACCCGAGAACAGCCUCCUGGAGGAAACGCUGCUAUUUGACCAUGCAGUGAGAAUGGCGCCUGUGAUUACGGAAGAAACGACCCUUGAGCUUGAAGAUAUUAUCAAGAGAAGGAUAAAAGAUCAGGCUUGGGAUGAUGUUGUCCGUAAGGAGAGAGCAAAAGAAGAACCCUAUGAGUACAAGAAGCGGUUAACUCUGGACCAUGAGAAGAGCAAGCAGAGUCUUGCUGAAAUUUAUGAGCAGGAAUAUUUGAAACUGAACCAGAAAAAAUCUGACGAGGAAGAAAAGCCCGAGCAUACAGAAAUCCAGAAAAUGAUGGACUCCCUCUUCCUCAAGCUGGAUGCCCUUUCCAAUUUCCACUUCACACCUAAACCGCCUGUGCCAGAGGUUAAGAUUGUCUCCAACCUCCCGGCAAUAACCAUGGAAGAAGUCGCCCCCGUGAGCGUCAGCGAUGCUGCUCUCUUAGCCCCAGAGGAGAUCAAGGAGAAGAACAAGGGAGGAGACAUAAAAACCGAUGCUGAGAAGACUUCCACAGACAAGAAAAGGGAGAGGAGAAAGAAGAAGCUUGCAAAGCGCAUGAGGCUGAAGGAGAGGGAGAAGCGGCAAAAACUUCUGGAGCAAAAGUCGGAACAAGGUGCCAAGUUGAGCAAAAAAGUUUCCGCUGGGCAAUUGAAAAAACUAACUAAGGAUGGUAGAACCUCAUUGCUUAAGGAUGAUGGCAAAGACAAGGCUUUGAAGUCUUCGAAGGCAUUCUUUUCUCAGUUGCAAGAUCAAGUGAAAAUGCAAAUUAAAGAUGCUAAGAAAAGCCAGAAGAAACCGAGGAAACGCGAACUCUCUGCCCAGAAGCUGAAGCUGUAAUUUAUCACACGUGUACUGUUUUGUAUAAAUUAAAGUCGGGGUUGUGGGGGUUUUUUCCUACUGUAA